CAGUUCUGCAUUAAAGAUCGGACGCAUAGCGCUGGACUUAACAUUAUAAUUAAUGGUCUGAAGAACGAGGUGGCCAAUGCGAGCGUGACCGACGCUUUGAAAGCUCUGAGGGAGAAGUAUCCGGGUCACCUGGGCGAUAUGUGGUCCGUACAGAUCAACGAGAGCGAUUCCAGCGACAGCCUCGAGGCUAUAUGCAACGCCUGGAGCUCGGCCAUCAGCAGGGGUGGCACAACUGUUCCGGAUCUGGUCCUGGACGUGACGAGGAUCAAUCUGGACGCCGAAGCCUCGAGUUCGUUCACCGCGGCCAUAGGGGUUCCGACCUUGUCAGCUCAAUACGGUCAAGAGGGUGAUAUUCGCUCUUGGAGAGAUCUGGACCUCGAUCAAAAGAACUAUUUAAUCCAGAUAAUGCCACCGAGCGACCUCGUGCCCGAGGCGAUUCGUCAGAUAGCGAGCCAGAUGAACAUCACCAAUGCUGGCAUCCUCUACGACAAAAACUUCGUUAUGAACCACAAGUACAAGAGUCUGCUAUUGAAUGUGCCGACCAGACAUGUUAUUAAUCCUCUUCAGGACUCAAUCGAUAACGUAAGGGAACAAUUGUCAAAGUUGCGGGACUUGGACGUGAUCAAUUAUUUCCUGCUCGGCGACGGGAAUUCCAUCAAUAUGCUAUUGGACGCCGGGGAAUCGUUGGGUUUUAUCGGAAGAAGGUACGGUUGGUUCAUCUUGACUCUGGACGAAGAACUGUGGCCGAGUUGCGAGUGCAAAAACAUCACUGUAUUGUUCCUAAGGCCGGAACCGCCGACGGUGAACGACCAAUCGGAAUCCGUUAUAAGGGCAAAGCUCCCGAAACCGCUUAUCAUGUCCGCUUUUUAUUACGACCUAACCCUGUUGGGUGUCAGAGCGAUGAAAUCGGCCCUGGACGAUGGCGACUGGCCCUUGGAACCCCAUCACAUCGACUGCAAUAGCUACGACGAGACGAACACUCCGUCGAGAGGCCUAGACUUCCUGGCUAAACUGAUGGCGGUAUCAAAGAAUAUGACGCCGACAUACGCCAACAUUAGCUGGGGCAGCAAAAACGGGGAGCAUCAAGCGGACUUUAAGAUGUCCGUAUAUCUGGUGAACAUCGAGCAGGAAAAGAUUACGUCGAAAGAGGAGAGCGGAAUAUGGCGGGCGGGCAUCGAGACGCCCUUGCAGGUCACCAACGAGAAGAUCAUGAACAAUACUGCGAUAACGAGCUACAGGGUGGUCACCGUGAAACAUCCGCCCUUCAUGAUGUACAACAACGAAACCGAUCAGUGGUACGGCUUCUGCAUGGAUCUGCUAGAUGCGAUUCGCGAGACCGUGCCGUUCGAGUACGAAAUACGCGAGGUGGAGGAUCACGAGUACGGCUCGUUGAGUGAAAACGGCACUUGGAACGGCAUGAUGAAGGAACUGAUAGAUAAACGCGCCGACAUCGCCCUAAGCUCGCUCUGGGUCAUGGCGGAGCGGGAGAAGGUCGUGGAUUUCACGGUGCCCUAUUACGACCUGGUUGGCCUCACGAUCAUGAUGCAAAAGACGAAGACGUCGACGUCGCUCUUCAAAUUCCUCUCGGUGCUGGAGACCGAAGUCUGGCUCUGCAUACUGGCGGCAUACUUCUUCACCAGCUUCCUCAUGUGGCUCUUCGACCGUUGGUCGCCGUACAGUUACCAGAAUAAUCGCGACAAGUAUAAAGAUGACGAGGAAAAGAGGGAAUUUAAUCUCAGGGAGUGCUUCUGGUUUUGUAUGACGUCUCUGACUCCCCAAGGUGGUGGCGAGGCGCCGAAAAACUUGUCGGGAAGAUUGGUAGCGGCUACAUGGUGGCUUUUCGGGUUCAUCAUCAUCGCGUCUUACACGGCAAACUUGGCGGCCUUUCUCACGGUGUCGAGAUUGGAGAUACCUAUCGAAACCUUGGAGGAUUUGAGCAAGCAGUAUAAAAUACAAUACGCUCCUACGGUGAAAUCGCCGGCAUAUGUCUACUUCCAAAGGAUGGCGGACAUCGAGGGGCGCUUUUACGAAAUUUGGAAAGAUAUGAGCUUAAACGAUAGCUUGUCGGACAUAGAAAGGGCGAAACUAGCCGUCUGGGAUUAUCCUGUUAGCGACAAGUAUACAAAAAUGUUCCAAGCCAUGAAAGAGGCUGGCUUUCCGGCCACUAUCGACGAAGCGUUAAAGCGAGUUCGACGGGAGGAUCAGUAUAAGAAUAACGAAUUCGCUUUUAUCGGAGACGCUUCGACCAUCAGGUAUCUCGUUAUGACCAACUGCGAUUUGACUCAAGUUGGAGAGGAAUUUUCAAGGAAGCCAUACGCUAUCGCCGUCCAACAAGGAUCACCGUUAAAGGAUCAAUUUAACAAUGCAAUCCUCAUCCUCUUGAACAAAAGAAGAUUAGAGAAGCUGAAGGACAAAUGGUGGAAACAUAAUCCCGCCAAAAAGAAUUGCGAUUUAGAAAAUAAUCAGAGCGACGGUAUUAGUAUUUAUAAUAUUGGCGGUGUGUUCCUCGUAAUUUUCGUGGGAAUUAUCUUCGCUUGCUUUACGUUAGCCUUUGAGUAUUGGUACUAUCGACAUCGUGCGAAAGUCAACGAAUUGCAUUCAACUACGCCUCCGAAGAUGAUGAAGUCAAUCAAGCCGAUUCGGUUUAAUUUGCAUCCCGCCCCCACACACGAGUUUCAAACAAUCUCACAAUUUAGAUCGAGAUUUUGAAUUCAAAUACUCAGAUUUGUGGAAUAUAAAGAACAAGUAUAAAAUUGUCGCACAAAGGAACGAAAUCGUUUGUAGACUGUAUAUAUGUAUAUAUACAGUA